UCGGCUGCUCCACCCGCCAGCAGCCAAUGGGUGCGAGGGGCGGACAGCAUCCGCUAGGGGAGUUGUCUUCUUACAAGCAAUCCGAUUGGGCUGCCUUAAAAAGUGGCACAGAAAUAGAAAGGUUUGGCAGUAGGAGCGCUUCUAGUAGUGAGCGUGAGGACACAUCAGCAAUAAAUCUGUUACACCUUCAACCAGGCUCCACGCUCCGAGUCCGUGUGGUUAUUAGUAGCCGGAAGAAAUCUUCUGUUUGCUCAGCAUCAGCAACGUCUGCAAGCCAAAAGAGGAUAUUGUUUAGCGCUAAAAGGCUUGGCUUAACAGCAAGCCAGAGUUUGGUAAAUACUCAAGUUCAGACAUAUUCCGUGACAUUUAUAACAAAGUACCCACUUAAGGGCUUGUGAAUUACGUUUGGUAGCCACCAAGUUAGCUUGACACAUUUCAACCCUUAGCUAGAUAUUUGAGGGAAUGGCAUUGGACUUCGCUGCGGGCUGCAUAGGAGGUGCUGCUGGUGUUUUGGUCGGACAUCCAUUUGACACUGUAAAGGUGAGGCUUCAAGUUCAAAAUGUGGACAAACCUCUGUACCGAGGAACAUAUCACUGCUUCCAGUCAAUCAUACGCCAGGAGUCGAUGCUCGGUCUGUACAAAGGCAUCGGCUCUCCAAUGAUGGGCCUGACCUUCAUCAAUGCCAUAGUUUUUGGCGUCCAGGGCAACGCCAUGCGCAAGCUUGGCAGCGACACGCCUCUCAACCAGUUCCUGGCUGGAGCCUCUGCUGGAACCAUCCAGUGUGUCAUUUGCUGCCCAAUGGAGCUGGCGAAGACACGCAUGCAGAUGCAAGGGACCGGAGAGAAGAAGUCUAAGAGGAAGCUGUAUAAGAACUCCCUGGACUGUCUGGUGAGAAUCUACAAAAAGGAGGGAAUCCGAGGCAUCAAUCGUGGCAUGGUGACCACCUUGAUGCGUGAGACGCCUGGUUUCGGUGUGUACUUUCUCACUUAUGACGUGUUGACACGUUCCCUGGGCUGUGAGCCAGAGGAUCCGUACAUGAUCCCCAAGCUGUUGUUUGCUGGUGGAAUGUCUGGCAUCGCCUCCUGGCUCUCCACCUAUCCCGUGGACGUGAUCAAGUCGCGUCUUCAGGCGGACGGGGUAGGCGGCGUCCACCAGUACAGUGGCAUUAUGGACUGUGUCCGACAGAGCUUAAAGAAAGAGGGCUGGAGGGUGUUUACACGUGGACUCACGUCCACUUUGCUCCGUGCAUUUCCAGUGAAUGCUACCACAUUUGCCACGGUGACUCUAUUUUUAUUGUACAUGCGUGAGGGAGAAGAGUGUAGCAUUCAGGACUCUGAGCUGCAGUCUGUUCAGCUGCAGCCUCUGCAGCCACAGACGCAGCCAACUAGCAUGUGAGCCAUUGUGCAGCAGUGAGCACUACUACAGUCAUCAGCAAAUCUAGAUGAAAUUUGCAGCUUCAUGCAGGUCUAUGAUCUGUUAACUGGUGUCCAUAAUGAGAAAGGUGAACUGAUCCUAGGUAAGCCAAUUGAGCUUCAGCCAAGUGACCACAUGUAUUUUUUUUAAAUAUAUAUUUUAAAAUAAAUAUGGUAUAAUUUUUAAAAGUACUUGUUUGUUUUGUACACAUUUUUUUUUUUUUUUUUUUUCAGUUAUGUAUUUUAGGAAACUUGACUGUUACAGUAAUGUACAGUGACAGUCACAGAUGUUCCUAAAAUUUGGAAUAAAAGAAUGUCUUGAAUGCUGUGUUCAGGUCAUAAUGGGGUAUGUUAACUGGUCUCCACUAUAACACAUGCUUAAACCUGUAGAGUAUUCUGUUAGUUAUUAUCAGAAAUAAUCUACAAAGUUUGGCAUGUUUGUGAACAUGAAUGCAUUGUUUUAACUGUUUAGGUUUGCAAACUUUAAUUACUGAAAUGAAUGUGAUUUUAAGAUUCAUUUUUUUAUUUUUUAUGUUCUCUCCAUUGUGUCCAGGUCAAGUCAUCCCCUAUUUACCUCCAUAUAUGUGAACACAGCAUUUCAGCAUCUUAACGUAAUGGUUACAAAUACAAAGACAGCCUUAUACAUGUACAUUCAAAUAGAUAUUGUUGUAUUCCUUUUACUGAGGUUGUAUGUAGUUCAGCUUUCCUAUGAGAAGUCCUAGGAAUUUGUUUCAGGGUGUGUUUGCUGUCUGAAGUUUUUAAAUAGUCAUUAGCGCAUUGCAGUAUGACAAAUGGUUUUAGAUACAGUCAGAUACAAAAUAAUCACGUAAAAAUUAAAUUAAAAAUUUUGAAUUGUCACACAAUCAUUCUCUAAAACCAAAUCUUGUGCGGUUUUAAAAUCUUUUUGUUCUGGAUCAUACAGUGUAAAAAAAACAGCACCUUAUGGUAUGAUAUUAAGCACAUGUACAGUUAAAAACAAUUUUUAUUUUUGUACUUCUCACUGAUGCAAGAUUCUGUUACAGUGUCGAGCAAAGCUGAUGGCUUGCUAAAAGUGGGCUUUUAAAAAUCCAAUUGUAUUUUUAAACCUUGUGCUCCUUGUUGGUAGAUGUGAUGCACAAUGUUUAGCAGGCUCCACAU